AUUUGAUAUUCAGCCAAAGCCAGCGGCAUCUUUUCUUCUUUCUUUUUUUAAUUUAAUUUAAUUUAAUUUUGAUUACAAAUACCCACCCAAUCACAUCUGCUGCUGGAUUCAUCCUUCAUCCUCUAUUCAUUUGAAAGGAAGGAAGUAAGAAUGGGCAGUAACAGUAAGAGUGGGGAUCUGAAGUCGAGGUUCAUGGAGGUAUACAAAACUCUGAAAACAGAGUUGAUUAACGAUCCCGCCUUUGAGUUUGAUGACGAUUCACGCCAAUGGGUCGAUAAGAUGCUCGACUACAACGUGCCUGGAGGGAAGUUGAAUCGGGGUCUCUCGGUUGUUGACAGCUACCAGUUACUUAAAGGAGGAGAACUGACAGAUGAUGAGGUUUUUCUUUCGUCUGCCCUUGGUUGGUGCGUUGAAUGGCUUCAAGCAUACUUUCUAGUGCUUGAUGAUAUCAUGGAUGAGUCUCAUACACGCAGAGGUCAACCCUGUUGGUUCAGAUUACCCAAGGUUGGUAUGAUUGCUGCAAAUGAUGGAAUCAUUCUUCGCAACCAUAUCCCAAGAAUUCUCAAGAAACAUUUCCGAGGAAAGCCAUAUUAUGUGGAUUUAGUGGACCUAUUCAACGAGGUAGAAUUUCAAACGGCCUCUGGACAGAUGAUUGAUCUGAUCACUACACUUGUUGGAGAAAAAGAUCUCUCAAAGUAUUCAUUGUCUAUUCACCGCCGGAUUGUGCAGUACAAAACGGCUUACUACUCAUUUUACCUUCCUGUUGCAUGUGCACUCCUUAUGUUUGGUGAGGAUCUGGACAAUCAUGUUCAAGUGAAGGAUGUACUUGUUGAAAUGGGUACCUAUUUUCAAGUGCAGGACGAUUACCUAGAUUGUUUUGGUGCUCCUGAAGUGAUUGGGAAGAUUGGAACUGAUAUUGAAGACUUCAAGUGUUCGUGGUUAGUUGUGAAAGCAUUGGAACUUGCUAACGAGGAGCAAAAGAAAGUCCUACACGAGAACUAUGGGAAAAAGGAUCCAGCUUCCGUUGCAAAAGUGAAGGAAUUAUAUCACGCUCUCAAUCUUCAGGGGGUAUUUGAAGAGUACGAGAGCACGAGCUACAAGAAGCUGAUCACAUCCAUUGAAGGCCACCCAAGCAAAGCAGUACAAGCGGUGUUGAAAUCUUUCUUGGGAAAGAUAUACAAGAGGCAAAAGUAGGUAUUCAUUUGUAUUUGUACCAAAUGAUUUCUUGUUUUUAAGUCCUGAGUGGAAUAUCAUUCACAUUGUUUAGAUAUAAGUUGAUGUUGUUUGUAUGUUUUGUCAUUAUAUUCUUCCCGUUUCCUACUAGUCAUGCAAUACAUUGUGUCUUGUUUUAGUAUGUGUAACAUGACAUCCAUCCAUAAUGUUAGUAAACUGUUUUUGGCUU